UCAGACAGGAGCUGUUUGUUGGUGGUGUACGUACAGCAGACACACUGGUAGCCAUGUUUCGUGUUCUUCUCGCGGUGGCGAUGGCCAGUAACGCAUUCGCUGGCUUCGUCGGUGGUGGCUACGGUGCCGCCGUCACCGGUCUCGCCCCCGCCAGCUACGCCGUGGCAGCCCCGGCCGUGGCGACCUACCACGCCGCCCCUGCAGUAACCACCGUUCACGCCGCCCCGGCAGUGGCCACCGUGCAUGCUGCUCCUUCCGUCGCGACGCUCUCCAGGUUCCAGAGCUACCACGCCGCACCAGCCGUCGCCGCUGUGGCCCCGGCAGUCACAACCUACCACGCUCCGGCGCCGGUCUACUCCGUCGCCCCUGCCGUUGCUAGGGUCGCCACCUUUCGCGCCGCUCCGGCCUUGGUUGCCGCCCCGGCCGUGACCCGAGUGCACACCUACCACGCAGCACCGGCCGUAGUCGCUGCCCCAGCCGUCACCAGGGUGGUUCACGCAGCUCCGGCAGUGGCCUACGCCGCUCCGGCGGUCGCAAGGGUCGCCUACGCCGCGCCGGCUGUCGCCAGAGUCGCCUACCACGCUGCCCCCGCGGUGGCCUACGCUGCGCCGGCCUUUACCAGGGUCGCCUACCACGCUGCGCCCGCCGUCGCCACCGUACACGCAGCACCAGCCGUUGCUGUGGCAGCUCCCGCCGUGACCAGGGUCGCCUACCAUGCUGCGCCCGCCGUCGCCACCGUACACGCAGCACCAGCCGUUGCUGUGGCAGCUCCCGCCGUGACCAGGGUGGCCGCCUUCCACGCAGCACCGGCUGUGGUGGCUCACGCUCCUGCGGUGACGACCUUCCACGCCGCGGCACCAGCGGCCACCGUCACUCGUGUUGACACUGUGCACCACGCGGCCCCGGCCGUCGCGACAGUGGCCGCUGUGGCUCCUGCCUAUGGCGUGGGUCACUACGGCGUGGGAUACGGGCUUCUGCCCACAUAUGGUCUCAACUACAAGUACGGCCUGGCUGGCCUCGACUACGCUGCUCUUCUCCACAAGAAGAAAUAAACAAAGGCGGAGUCCCAGCAAAGCAUCGGCCAUUGCACCUAAAGAAAUUGCCAUGGUUGCCAUUUAUUCCGCUGUUGUACAGUUUCUCAAUAAAAUCUUCGUCAAAAAUAUUUGUUAUGGUUAAGGAUUGUUUCCUUCUAGACCAUUCUUCCGCUUGUAUUUCUCUUCCAACGUCAUAUGUUUUUGCUUUAAUAAGGGCAUUGCAACUGCUGGGAUGCUUGAGAGGCUUGUGAAUAUUUUUUUCACUCACCAUGAGAGCUCAUGCUGCAGCUUUACUUCCAACAUUCGUUUGACGAGUUCACUGUGUGCACAUGGCAUGUGCUUUGUGCAAAUAAAACAUCUUGCCGAAAAUUCACACACACACAGGCGCAUUCCGUAUAUCAACCUUCAGUAGAUGAACUGACGUUGAGUUGAAUACAACAUAUGACAAGGCGCAUAUACAGCCUCAGAACUUCUAGUGCACAACAAUCUUUGCGCUAUGCGAAGUGUGUGGGUUCGGUCCCCGCCAGCGACAGGUUAUCUUUGCUUCCACUUUCAUUUCCUCUUUACCUCCCUAUUUUCUACAUUUCCAUUUCAACCAUUUCUAAUAACCACUAUGUUUUCCUUGGUUUCAUUGCCUGUUGGCCCUUGAUUGACAAAACUCGAGUCUCUCUGAUUCUCGUCUUGUUCACAACAACCUCUUGUUGUUCUCGUUUGACAGCACUGUUCAACAUGCAACUCCUGCAAAUUUGUGACAAUGCACUAUUCACUACUUAAAACCACGCAAUAGGACUUGCUAGAAGCUCGUCCUAACAGUUCGUCCUCAGUAUCAGUGCUUGAAGGUUAAACUAUAUUUUCGGCUUUUUCAGCAACGAUGAAAUUUAGUAAGGCACACUGGUAAUAAAAUGAGUCAUAAUAUGAACGACAAAGUCUGGCAACUGCUUACUGUAAACGUGGACUUCCAGCACACUUGCCACAAGAUGAUAUGUAAGAAGACAACGAUCACUUGCACCAAGUACAUAAGAGAAAUGACUUGUGCCCACUGAAUAAAUUAAAGAAAUUGGAAAUUGUUGGAAAUGAAAUUGGAUUAAUUCAUUUAACAAGAACAAAUACCAAGGUUGACGCCCAGUCGUCAACCAUGGCAAAUAAUUUCCCCUAUGUUGUCCUUGGUAUCAAUGUUGUUUGUUCGCUUCUUAUGAUGUGAUUAAUAAAAAUUGGGCCACUGGUGAA